AUGUCCGACCCAAUCCCCUCCGCCCACCCCGACCCGGACGCCGUGGACCAAAAACUCCCCGCGAACGCCGAAGACCGCAAAGCCGCCGCCGCGCUCUCCUCGCUCAACACCAACGGGAUCGCCGCCGACUCCGACUCGGCUGCGAAGCCGUCCGCGUCGUCGGCGGAGCAGGAGGCGCUGGGGAAGGCGAUGAGUCGGCUGGAGAUCGCUGCGGGGACUGGGGGUGCGGCGAAACGCGGGGCUGGCGAGGCGCAGAAGAAAGGGACUGCGAGUGAAGUAGUGAGGAAGAAGGCGGUUAAGGUGGCAGCGGAGGAUGUGGCGCUUUUGGUCGAGGAAUUGGAGUUGAACAAGAUCAAGGCGACGGAGCUGUUGAAGGUGCAUGAUGGGGAUGUGAGAAAGGCAAUUAAGGCGUUUGUGACACCGGCUGUGGGAGCUUAA